ACUGUUAUGGCCGUACAUCGUCUGCAGACGACCCAAAAAAGAAACAAAUUGCAGUAUACAGAGUCUAGUUUGGAGACGGCGUGUGCUGCACAGAUGGGCAGGUCCUCACAAUGCACAGUCAAUGUGGGACGGGGGAAGAGCCCAAGUUCCAGGCAGUAUAGCAAGAACACUCAGGACCUGCUGAGAUCAAUGAUGCAGGAGUUGACCCUCACCAACCGCCAAAGAAAACACAUCAGCGAGUGCCUGAAGAACGGAUCUGCCUUGCCGCUGACCACUCAGCCUCCAUCGUCAGUUUCCCCCCGUCAGCCUAAAGGCAGCAAAUGUGUCCACAAACUCCUGCCAGGUCGUCCUCAGAGACGCAGUGCCGCUUCCUGCCUCUCUGGGAACAAUGUCAGAGAAAGGUUUUGCCCUGCACCCACAAGAGACUUAGAAAAGGAGAAGAGGAGGCUUCAAAGCAUCUUGGCGACAGGACAAGAAGAAUCAGCAGAUGAUGCACCUUCGAAAAACGUUGCUACGUGUGUAAAAGCUGCAGUGACGGAGGAGAGGGACCGUUAUCAGGAAGUUCUGGAUGAGAUCGAGGAAAGGAGACAAUUCCUGGCUGACAUGGCCUCUCUAGGACAGGAGAAGCAGUACAUCCACAUCAUCAACACUGAAAUAUCACAGAAAAUCCGGGAACUGGAGAUACUAGAUGAAGCCCAACAACCAAAUAAGGAAGUGAUGGCAUCUGAGAGGCCAGUGGAUCCAAGAUAGUGCAUAAAGGUUGUUUUGAAAGUAAGGCUGACCUCAACAUCCUCUCAACGUCAGACGUGAGGAGCUCAUGGGUAUUGGAGGAGAGCGAUUCAGGCUCACUGGCUUCAUUUGACAGAAAACUGAAAAGGUCAGAGAGAUGUUCAAGCACUUGAGUUGUCAUUUUGGUUCUGCAGGGAGACGCAAGCGGACUCUGUGUGGCACUUCAAGACAGUCAUGAGGGUCACGAGACACAUCUUCCAAAAAAUCCCCAUGGUCUUUCAGUGUGACGCUUUGUGUGGAUCAGCUGUUCUCCUUACGAGGACUUUUAGCAGGUUCUCCUUUCUGGCUCAGCCUCUUCAGAACCUUCAUGGGUUUGAACUUGGACCCUUUUCUCUUUUCUUGUCCUCCAUCUGAUUCCUUAUGGAAGUCUGAUGGGGAAAAUUGACACAAUGAGCGACAUAGGCUUUCCUAGACGAAGAAUGACGUCAUGCAGAUGAUAAUUUAAGACUGUGCUUAAAAGUAUGAAGUCGGGAUGCCAUGCACCUUCCAUCCACAUCCUCAUGUUAAAGAUAUCUUUUAUUAUCUCAUAAGCAAUGUUUGUGCAAAAUGUGCAAACACACGUGUUUAUUGCACAUACCGUUAAUUCCGGUGUAUUAGCCUCACCCACUAAAUUUAGAGGAAAAAACAGAUUUGGACAUAUGUGUCCACGUCAUAAAAUGGCACGUCCUGGCGCGCAAGAGUUCGUAAGGACCAGGCAGCUCUUUAUUUGACAGGAGCCAAUCAUGAGCUAUUAAAAUACUCACGACAAGCUUGUCAACCCAUUGGAAAUUGCAGGAGGUCAUUACUCAGUAUAACAGCCUGACUCAUCUGACAGAACGCUAAACUCAUCACACAGCAACUUAACACUCAAAAGGUAUACCUAAUAAAUAUACAAGCAUGUACCAAUACGAGUUUAAAUAAUUUAAAAAAAACUAGUUUUCCUAUAAUGCAUUUCGUCUAAGCAAAGCAUUUAAGUGGCAUAGAAAAUUGAUGAAUGGCACUGCAAUGCUGCUUCUGACCACCAGAUGGAGCCAAAGGAGCCCAGUGGGAGGCUGACGUCAUUGCAGCGCCUGGGCAGGCACUAAUACAUGUGUUGCACAAUGGGAAAACUUUAAUAGAUUUAUUUU